AUGGAGAAUAGAGAAUUAGAGAAGGAGCCCAUGGAGGAUAGAAUUCCUGGAAAUGAGGCGAUAGAGGAAGAUCAAGAGAGUGUUUUGUCUAAUAUUGACUUUAACGGACAAGACGGCGAGGUGAUCACCAUGAGAAGCGAGCUGAACUUGUCUGAAUACUGUGUGAGCAGCGAUGCUGACACUGAGAAGAUGGAUGACGACGAUGAUGAUGGUAAACACCCGCCUUUGAAAGAGUUAGUAGUGGAUGCUGAGACACUCAGUAGAAAGCGCAGUUUAGAUGACGAUGCGACCGAAGAUGUAUUUGAAGACAAGAAGCCCAAGUUAGAGCAAGUUGAAGCUUCCGAAGUAAACAAUGAGAAUCAAGGUAACGACAACCACACAGAAACGAAUGAUUCAGUUCCUGUUGAACCAAUUAGUAGUCCGCUGAAUACGAUGGAAGGUGUAAAACCUCCAGUAAUACCCUCAGAGAAUACCACAGAGCUCCGGACUGCUGAUCAGGCAUCAAAUGAGAUCAGUGUACCUGACAAAGAGACUGAAGAAUCAACACCAAUGGGUACGGAAGAACGGUUAAAUGAAGAGAAAGAUACAUUAGAACAUCAAUCCAAUGAAAAACCAAAAAGUGCAGAGCCGGUACCUCAGCCGGAAGAAGUAAGUAAUGAUCUGGCGGACACAGAUACCGUAAUUGGCACAGAGUCAAAGCAAUCGGAAGAUCAACUUCAUGAUGUUGUGCCAGAAGAACCAACAGACCCUAACUCUGCUCCCGACAAUGUUGAAGCUCCAGUUGAAGCUCCAGUUAAAGCCGACAUUACAAAAGAGAAUACCGAUGCAGAUGAAAAUGGCCCUGAAGAAAGCGAAGUUAAAGAAGGUGAGAAAGAAGAAGAAGGCAAUGAUGAAGAGGCAGCGAACAAUAUUGACGAGGAUGAAGGUGCUGUGGGUGAUGCUGACGAUGAUGAGGAUGAGGAUGACGACAUUGAUGAGGAUGAAGAAGACGAAGAGGAUUCACAGACGGUAGACAAUGUUGAGACAAGUGAUUCUUCGAAGAAGAAGAAGCGCAAGAAGAGUUCCAUCUUGCCUAUGGUGCUGGAGGAGCGCAGACAACAGGCGCUGAAAGAUAUAACUGAGAUAGAGCACAGUUUUGCUGAGCUGAGACAGAAGCUUUAUGAGAACAAGCUGAGGAGGCUCGAAACAGAGUUACAAAUGUGUGUUGAGGGCUCACACCCGGAGUUGCAUGAGUACUACGAGAAGAUAUCCAAGCUGCGUGACUUUAAGCUACACAGGACGUACCAGAGACAGAAGUAUGAGUUGAAAUGCAUAGACAUCGAGACCAGGGCCACACGUACUAUGAUCCACCAAAACUUCCUGCGCUGCGUCAACGAGCUCAGAUCGCAACUGCUGCAGGACACCACGACUAAGUGGUACGACAUCAACAAGGAGAGACGUGACAUGGACAUAAUUAUUCCCGACAUCAACUACCACGUCCCUGUCAAGACCGCCAACAAGACACUGAGCUGCAUCACUGGCUACGCGGGACCCGCACAGCCCAGACGUUACCUCGGCGAACCCUUAUCCGAGGACCUCGAAUGCGAGAACAUCUCUUACCGCUACAACGGCAACCCAGUCGACAAGCUCGAAGUUAUUGUGGACAGAAUGCGCCUGAACAACGAGCUGAGCGACCUCGAAGGGCUCAAGAAAUACUACCACGCCUUCCCGGGGGCACCUUCCCUCUCCACACUACGUGACUCAGAGAUACAAGACGACUUCAACUACCUGAGACAGUAA